AUGCUGAUGUGGCAAACGCAAAUGUGUCUGCUGUCGGGUCUCGUGGUCCUGGUUCUGGUCUCUGCCGGCUCUCCUUGCGGACCAGGCAGAGGAUACGGAAAGCGGAAGCACGCGACAAAGUUGACUCCGAUGGCUUUAAAGCAGUUCGUCCCAAACGUAGCGGAGAAAACACUGGGAGCCAGCGGCAGAUACGGUGGGAAGAUCACGCGGAACUCGGAGAGAUUCAAAGAGUUAACUCCGAACUACAACAUCGACAUCGAGUUCAAAAAUGAAGAGAAAACUAACGCCGAUCGGCUCAUGACGCAGAGAUGUAAGGACAAACUGAACUCGUUGGCUAUCGCAGUCAUGAAUCGGUGGCCCGGAGUCAAGCUGCGGGUUACGGAGGCCUGGGACGAAGACGGCCAUCACUCCGAGGAGUCCCUGCACUAUGAGGGACGGGCUGUAGACAUCACCACCUCGGACAGGGACAAGAGCAAAUACGGCCUGUUGUCCAGGCUGGCCGUGGAGGCGGGGUUCGACUGGGUGUACUACGAGUCCAAAGCCCACAUCCACUGCUCUGUUAGAGCUGAAAACGCUGCGGCCACCAAGUCCGGAGGCUGCUUCCCGGGGUCCUCCUCGGUAAUGCUGACGGGCGGAGGCACCAAACCGGUGAGAGACCUCCAAGUGGGCGACAAGGUCCUGGCUGCCGACCGAGAAGGAAACAUCAUUUUCAGCGACUUCCUGAUGUUCAUCGACCAAGACAGGACGACGGUGCGGGAAUUCUACGUCCUGGAAACCGAAGAGCCCCGCAGGAAACUGACCCUGACUCCUGCGCACCUCGUUUUCGUUACAAACAACAACGCCACCGACCGCAGUGACGUCAGAGCGGUGUUCGCCAGCAGCGUCAGUCCGGGACAGAGGGUCCUGGUGGUGGGCAGCGACGUGGCCUUGGGCGCACUGACAGCCGCCACGGUCAAACGCGUGUACGCAGAGGAACACCGGGAGUCUUACGCACCGGUGACGUCAGACGGGACUAUCGUGGUCGACCGCGUGCUGGCGUCCUGCUACGCCGCGGUGGAGGACCACGCGCUAGCGCACUGGGCCUUCGCGCCGCUGCGGCUGGGGCGCGCGCUAGCCUCGCUACUCGGGGCGGUGGGUGACGUUGGCGGCGGGAAGCAACCGGACGGAGUGCACUGGUACUCCGCGUUGCUCCGCCAUGUUGGGACGUGGCUGCUGGACGGCGCGUGCCUGCACCCGCUGGGCGUCCUGCCCAGCUGA